AUGGAUCAUACUGUGUAUGACGCCUGCAGCGAUCUUAUUUUAGAGCACGGCAAGGCUGUCAGUGCCGAUGAAGUGCUUGCGGAUAGGAUCGGCAACUGCGUGCCGAUCCCUCUCAAGACCCGGCAGGAGCUCGAGCUGCUGAGCCGCGGGGACAGAGCCGCCGGUGUGUUCUCCGGGGACGUGGUGCCGCGCAUAGACCUGCGGGUGGUGCACUACUACGCGACGCAGCUGAUUCUGGCGAAGUACCCGCAGCUGAUGAACAGGUUCGACGAGACCAGCAUGAUCACGCUGGGGCUGCUGAUUGAGCAGUGGGUCGAGGAGUACCUGAGCGGGGACAGUGCGGACGCUGUCGCCAAGCACAUAGACUACAGACUGAACCCAACGGAUAUAUAA